AUGAAAUUUCUUGAACUUGGUACAACGUGUAAAGCUGUUGUUUGUUGUCGUGUAACACUAUUACAAAAAGCUCAAGUUGUUGAAUUAGUUAUGCAAAAUGAAAACAAAAUUACAUUAGCUAUUGGUGGUGAUGGUGCUAAUGAUGUAUCAAUGAUACAAAAAGCACAUAUUGGAGUUGGUAUUAGUGGACAAGAAGGUCGACAAGCUGUUUUAGCAAGUGAUUAUAGUUUUGGACAAUUUCGUUUUCUUGAAAGAUUAUUAUCGGGUCAUGUUCGUUGGUCAUAUUUACGAAUUUCAAAAUUUUUACGUUAUUUUUUCUAUAAAAAUUUUGCAUUUACAUUAUGUCAUUUUUGGUUUGGAUUUUUUUCGGGUUUUUCAGCACAAACAAUAUAUGAUCCAUUCUUUGUGGCAACAUAUAACGUUUUCUUUUCUUCAUUACCAGUUCUGGCAUCAGGUGUUUUCGAUUAA